UGUGUGUGUGUGUGUGUCAGUCAGCACCUGCUCUUGUCCAUGAGUGUGCAUUUGUGUGCUGCGCUGGAGUCCACUGAUUUGCAGGGAACUUAGCGCUUAGCAGAAGGCGGCACAAAGAGAGAGAGAGAGCAAGCGAGAAAGAGAGAGAGAGAGAGAGUGAGGGAGAAGCAGGGAGAGCAAAGAAGAGAGCGUUUCCAGACUGAAGUGAACUGCAGCUCGGCUCACCAGAACACAGUCCAGCAGAGAUGGGAUGCUUCUGCUGAAAUCAAGGGGUGGAAAAGAGAAAACGUACAUAGACCAGACCGAAUUCUGGGGCAACAUCCCGCUGAUGCCAUGCAGUAACAUCUGUAGGAAGAGGGACGCACGACAGGACUACCAGCCUUGCAAGAGGGAAAGGCACGGACACAGUGAGAGGUGCUUCCUGCAGAUAUAGAAAUGCACCAAUUCUGAGAGCCCACCUUGGUUCAUCCACGUUCAGCACAACGCGCCCAAGCCGGGGAAACUAGCCCAAGAUUGCUUAGCUUUAUUCUGGAAGCUCUCCAGCCACCUCAGGACCUCUGGAAGAUUCCCGCUGCAUUCCUCAGCUCUGCCACUGCCACUUGUAUACGGGCACCGGGGGGGCGAGCAAGAGGAAGUUGCUGGCGUACUGCGAAGCUUGGAAGUUCCAGUUGCUGGUACCGGAGUGUCAACUGGCGGUGUCAAGGUUGCCGGGUGGAAGAAAGCCAAGGAGCUCCAGCAGUCUGCUAACUGAGACAGCGUGCCCAGAAAGCCAUGCAGGUCUCCAUCGCUUGCACGGACCACAACCUGAAGGGGCGCAACGGGGACCACAGCAAGCAGAACGCCAGUAGCCCCAACAUGGUGAACGCAGCCAGGGCCAAAUUCCGUACGGUUGCCAUCAUUGCCCGCAGCUUUGGAUCCUUCACCCCAAGGCAUCACAUCUCUCUGAAGGAGUCCACGGGCAAGCUGACUGGCAUGAAGUACCGGAACCUUGGAAAAUCAGGACUGCGGGUGUCGUGUCUAGGGCUGGGUACCUGGGUAACUUUUGGAGGUCAGAUUUCAGAUGAGGUCGCCGAGCAACUCAUGACUAUUGCCUAUGAAAGCGGGGUCAACUUGUUUGACACGGCCGAGGUGUAUGCGGCUGGAAGAGCUGAGAUAAUUCUGGGCAAUAUCAUCAAGAAAAAGUGCUGGAGGCGAUCCAGUCUCAUCAUUACUACUAAGCUGUACUGGGGAGGAAAGGCAGAGACUGAAAGAGGUCUUUCCAGGAAGCACAUCAUUGAAGGACUCAAAGGCUCCCUCCAGAGGAUGCAGUUGGAAUAUGUGGAUGUGGUCUUUGCCAACCGGCCAGACAACAACACACCAAUGGAGGAGAUCGUGAGAGCCAUGACCUACGUAAUAAACCAGGGCAUGUCGAUGUACUGGGGCACUUCACGAUGGACAGCUAUGGAAAUCAUGGAGGCGUACUCUGUGGCCCGCCAGUUCAACAUGAUCCCACCUGUGUGUGAGCAGGCAGAGUACCACAUGUUCCAGCGGGAGAAGGUGGAGGUGCAGCUGCCUGAACUCUACCACAAGAUCGGCGUCGGUGCCAUGACGUGGUCUCCUCUGGCCUGUGGCAUCAUCACUGGAAAGUAUGAGAAUGGAAUUCCGGAAGCUUCCAGGGCCUCCAUGAAGUCGUACCAGUGGCUCAAGGACAAGAUAGUGAGCGAGGAUGGCAGGAAGCAGCAGGCCAAGCUGAAGGAGCUUGCUCAUGUUGCAGAGAAGCUGAGCUGCACUCUGCCUCAGCUGGCUGUGGCCUGGUGCCUCCGAAACGAGGGUGUGAGUUCUGUGCUCUUGGGAACCUCGAACCCGGAACAGCUGACGGAGAACUUGGGGGCGAUACAGGUCCUCCCGAAGAUGACAUCUCGUGUGGUUUCUGACAUCGACCACAUACUGGGGAACCGGCCCUACAGUAAGAAGGACUACCGCUCGUAGAGUCUGUGUGGUACGGCUCCAGGAGGUUCAGGGUGGGGGCCGACACCUGGGUGGCCACACGCAGACCCCCCACCCCCGGUUUCCUGGCCCAGCAUCUAAAGCGGACUUUUUUUUUGUUUCGUUACCCUAACUGCAUGCCUGCGCAGAAAAUGUGUGCCUGAACUAUUUCUGUAGCACAUCGGAUGAAGAUCCUAGGAAGACAUACAUAGAAUUUGAAACACUUUCUGUACCUCAGUACAUUACAGUAGGUUUAACCCCUAAAGCCACACUUGCUAUCCUGACCCCAGGGGUCUUGCUCGACCUACAGCCGCGUCACCAGUCUGGGAGGGCGGAGUCAGCCCCCAGCGUCCUGCUCAAUGCAGACGGCAAACUGCAGCUUUGCUUUAGUAACCCUGAAGGACGCAACCCCUUCGUUUGCAUCUGUAGGAGAGAAGGCGGCCUCCUCUUUGUGCAUUUUAAUCGCCUUGAAUGCUAAUGCUCAUCUGAAUGCUGUAGCUGCUACAUGUUGAUCCGAGACCAAGGUUGGUGACUGUGUGUGACCAGAGGGCUGAGGUAGUAUAAAUCCUAUACAUAUAAAUAUAUAUAUAUAUAAACAUAUAAAUAUAUAUAUAUAAAUAUAAGAUGUAAUCAACAGGUUUGUAUUUUACGUGAGAACUUUAUGUUAAACAAUGUAAAAUAUCCCAAACUGACCUCAAAGCCUUCCCGCAAAUUAAAUGUAUAUUGUAUAUAUUUUGAAAAAAUAUGUACAGUUUCCGCCUAUCAACUGCACAGUGGCAACUUGUUAAGACAGUGUAUCCUCUCCGUCCUGCGGGCUUUUACCACCCCCCCCCCCUGGCCUUUGUGAUGUCUGUCAUGGGGUAACCGGGCCAUGAGCUGACCUGACGAAUCCUACAGUACAGUGUUUCCCAACCCGAUCCUCAGGGACCCCCAAAUGGUUCAUGGACUGUCAAGGGGGGUCCCCCAGGUCCAAGUCGGGAAACACCGCUGUAGGAUGUCGUGCUGCUGCGACCUGCAAUCCUGUCGUCUGAGCACCCAGUGACCAGUGGCAGUAGCACUGCAUCACAAACUUGUCAUCUCAGCUGCACAGCCUCAGAUGUGACUCAGAUGUGACUCAGAUGUGACUCAGAUGUGACUCAGAUGUGACUCAGAUGUGACUCAGAUGUGACUCAGAUGUGACUCAGAUGUGACUCAGAUGUGACUCAGAUGUGACUCAGAUGUGACUCAGAUGUGACUCAGAUGUGACUCAGAUGUGACUCAAUCGCGACGCCCGCCUUUUUUGCUCCCUUGGUUAACCUUCAGCUUCAUUGGAAAAGGUCGGGUCUGAGUUAAGCGCAGGUAUCCUUUCACCCUCCGUGCUGAGUGCCUUGACAGUGCUGAUGACCGCCAGUGAUCGUAAUGUUUGGCUCCGGGCUACAUCCUUUGAUUCACCAGACUGUAAAUUGCUGAAAUAUAUUUAUGAAUCCUCUAUGUUUUCUACAAUUUGUACAAGUGUAUGAUGGAAGAAGAAAUGUUUACUUUUCAAGCUGGGUUGUCUCAUCAGGAUCUCGAAACCACAUUUUGCUUCUAAGAAAACCAAAUGUAAAUAUAUACAUAUUUCUGUUUAAAUAAACGCAGAAAUGAUGA